UUAGGGUGCAAUUGACAAGUGUUGAUAAUAGAAUUCUCAAAGAGUGCUGUUACUGUUACAUAAUUGAAAAAUGUUGGAACCGUUUGUUAGCCAGUUGAACGAAAUGCGAGUAAUUUUAGCGAGCAAGUCCAAACAACGUGCUUCAUUGCUCAGCAGCGCGAAGGUAAAAUUCGAAAUAGUCGAGUCGGACUUCGACGAAAAUUUGGACCCCAAAGAGCACACGUUUUCCGAUUUCGUCGAAAAAACGGCCUUGGGGAAAUUGAAAAACGUCUGGGAAAAACUGAAAAACGACCAAAGGAAACCCGAUUUGAUCAUAGCCGUGGACACCAUGGUGGCCUUCAACGGCAGAAUGUACGGCAAACCUCGAUCCAGAGAAGACGCCCUCAAGACCAUAACAGAUUUAACGCAACACAAUUUACCCAACUCGGUUUACACCGGGGUGGUUAUUCGUUAUUUAAACGAAAUACACAAAUUCACUGAAGUUACCACAGUGUACAUGCAUAAAAUAACUAAAGAGGAAAUAUCGGCUUACGUUGAUACGGGGGAACCCAUGGGUAAAGCCGGGGGUUAUGGCAUUCAAGGCAUAGCCAGCACCUUCGUGGAGCGCAUAGAAGGCGAUUGCAACAACGUCAUAGGAUUACCUCUGUGCAGAUUAGCAGUAGAAUUGAAAAAAAUAAUAAACAAACAAUAA